AUGAAGAAGUGGUGCCUCAAAACGCCUGUUAUCGAGCCAAACAUUCCUUCUUCACCAGUGAGGGGUUCUCCAGUUCAAUCAAUUUUCGAGGAGACUGAAAAUCUUGAUGGCAAUGUGGAAACUUCGAUAGUGGACACAACCAUCAAUCAUGGUGAACAAACUAAACAUUCAACUCUUGAGAAUACAUCGGUCAUAAAGCCUGGAGUUUCGCUUAUGGAAUCAUUUCAUGAGGACGUACGAACUUCAAACAUCACUACACACGUACCUGAUACGGAAUUAUAUCUACCGAAGCUUAAGCUUCAUCAUAUGGAAGAGUCUGCUGAUUUACGAAUAAAAUCUCAACUUGAAACUUUUAAUGGUGCCAUACGUGACUUGAAAGAAACUGCUAAGUCUCAUCAUAUUCUCUUUGUUCAAGACGUGAAGACAGUUCGUGAGGAUGUAGAUAUAAUUAUUGAUGUUGUGACCAUAGCCAUUGAUUUUUAUUCUUCUUUCGGGGUGAAGUUUGAUUCAAAAUCAGAGGUGGAUGCCAAGAGUUUUGGGAAUGUUGAAAAUAUUUUGAAAGAAUUAAAGGAUCUGGUGUCUGUUAUUUCUCGUGAAGCAUCCAUUGAAAAACUUCGCAUGCUAAAGUCAACCAUUCAAAAAGAAUUGGCUCCACUUGUGAAAUUCAUAAAUUUUGUGCCAACAAAUUCCCCGCCUGUGAGCACAAGAGUCUUGACUACUCAGAUUCCCACUUCUCUUCUAAGAAUUUCGAUUGUAUCUACAUCAACAAUAACAACAACAAGGCCGGUAGCAAAGGGAAUUGUUAUUGGAUCUGCUGGAGGAGAUUCUAGUUCAACAAAGCCAAAUCCAAUUGAACAAGAGAAAGAUAACGGUAAAAGCAUAAGUCAUGAAUUGUUGAAGGAGGAAAGAAAAGCUGCUCUGGAAGAUGAAAUGCAGAAGUAG